AUGUAUCUUCGCACCGUCUCUCGCGCUGUCCCUCGCAGCACCGCGGCCAUCCGUGCUGCCCCGGCUGCCUCUGUGAACGCCCUGCAGACCCGCGCUGUUUCGGGCCAUGCUGUCCCCAACCCUACCCUCGCCAACAUCGAGAAGCGCUGGGAGGUCAUGCCGCCUCAGGAGCAGGCCGAACUUUGGAUGCAGCUCCGUGACCGCAUGAAGAUCGACUGGCAACAGAUGACCCUCCAGGAGAAGAAGGCCGCUUACUACAUUGCCUUCGGCGCCCACGGCCCCCGCGCCCAGGCCCCCAAGGGUGAGGGCUUCCGCGUGUUUGUCAAGGUAACUCAGCUCCUUGUUGCUUCCGUCGCGGUCUUCUACGCCGCCCACGCCUUUGCCGGCAAGCAGCCUGGAACUAUGUCCAAGGAGUGGCAAGAGGCCUCCAACGAAUAUGCCAAGAAAGAGCACAUCAACCCCAUCCACGGCGUCAGCAAAGAGGGUUACGAAGGCAAGGGCUUCAUCCAGAGCCCCCCUGCUGAGAAGUCAUAG